AUGGGCUACUCGGGCUCCUCAUCCAGCAAUGAUCGAUCGACAGUUUCGACAGCGAUUUAUGAUGGAAAGUGUUCAGUCGCCGGUGGUUGGGCUUCUGGGCUCCAUGCCUUGAUCAACGCCCUGAGCACAGGCCUGCUAGCCGCGAGUAAUUAUGCGAUGCAAACUCUCAGUGCUCCGUCGCGCGAGGAUGUGGAUGCUGCUCAUUCCAAAAAAAGAUGGCUGGAUAUUGGGACCUUCAGCUACAGGAACAUCCUUGCCAUGGACCACAGGCGCAAAGGUAUCUGGUUGGUGCUUUUGCUGACCUCGGUACCUGUUCAUUUGAUGUAUAACUCGGUCGUUUUCUCCUCGAUGGGGACGAACCUGUACGGAGUGGUCUUGAUCCCAGAUGAUCUGGGCAAGCAUGAGAUGCUGUCUAAUGGGAACAAUUAUACCGCAGAAAAAAUCUACAAAGAAAUUGGCUACAGUGCGCAGGAUCUGCAAGCUGAAAUAUUCAACGGUACAAUGAAGAACCUGACUCUGGAAGAGUGCGUGGAUGCAUACGCAGUCGAAUACAACACCCAUCGCACGACCGUGGUAUUGGUCGCAGAUCGAGAACAUUUUAACAACUACUCAAGUCUUGAGGCUUUUUAUGGGUUGUCUAGCCAGGACUACUACGCUUAUAAUUCCCAUCGGUAUUCUUGGAUGUGUGCGCAAGAACGUCCGACGAACUGCACCAAGGAAGAUGUCAUGGACCUAAUACAUCGUGGAAGGUGGUCUGUCUGGGCUGAGUACUGGGCGUAUCGAGAUUGGAAGUUUUAUAAUCCUAUCCAUGGUGGGAUGAACCAGAGUUUCUCAUGCGAUUACGACCUGCUUGAUCAUUUUGUUGACGAGAAAAGCACGUCUUUGAGAGCCGAUAUCGGAACCCUUUGCAACUACGUCUCAGCAUACAAUCCGGACAAAGAUCAGCUGGAGCAGUAUUUGAAGUCUCCAUCUCACUGGAAGUAUAGUUCCUGGGCAUCGCAACUCUCAUUUCAAUGGCAGAACUAUACAGACACUGCGACGAGUUUCGACAAUCCGGUGUAUACGUCAGCGCUUGAAAUCCCUAUAUCCCACUGCAUGAGCAAGGAGAGCGAGGAAAAGUGCCAGUUAUUGUUCAACCUGCCGAUAGGUCUUGUGGUUAUCAUGUGCAAUACCAUCAAACUGGCUGGCAUUUGUCUGGCGGCAAAUACUAAGCGGAAGAGGAUUUUCUUGACAGUCGGCGACGCAAUAUCCUCCUUUUUGUCAACGCCGGAUCCAACGACCAAGCAUAUAUGUUUUCAGCGUGCUCCUGGAUCUGAAUGGGAAGAUGGAGGAGGGGCUUGUGAAAAAGAGCCGUAUAUAAAAAGGGUUUUUGGCUGGAGGUCUCGAAGGCAGCACGAUCAUCAUCGCACGGUUCCUGAGCGUUAUACUGCUGUGAACUCUCUAUAUACAUCCGGAGAUACCGAUUAUGGUGCCAAACCCAGGAGCCUCCCAAGUCCGAGGAGAUGGUACCAGGCAGUCAGCCUGAAAUGCUGGAUCCUACUCCUUUUCAUCAUCAUGUCUUCUUUCAUUACAGCUGUAGUCCUAUUUCAUAUUGGAAGUGGCCAACGCUACCCAAACAAGGUCACACUGCAAACCUCCUGGGAAACAGGCUUCGGCAAGCCCAGUUCCGUCGCCAUGAUCGGCCAAGCCGCGCAAAGCGUCAUGGAAGUAGUCCUUCUCAGCAAUAUGCCCCAGCUGAUGCUCUCCAUUCUAUACUUUCUCAGCAACGGGAUCUUGAUAAAUAUGGUUGUUGCAGCCGAAUACAACGACUACGCUAUCCAUCGAAACACCCUCCGAGUAUCCUGGCCGAAAGGCCAACAACGAUCCACUCGUUACCUCAGCCUACCUUAUCGGUAUAGGGUGCCAUUUGUGGUUUUCGCAGUCGCGUUGCAUUGGCUCAUGUCUCAGAGUUUGUUCUUCAUACAAGUUCGACUGUUCGAUAUUGAUGGACAAGUUAUCGAGCGCUGGAGUACGACUCGGUGUGGGUAUUCGCUGGUGGCGAUUCUUACUACUUUGAUUGUUGGAGCAAUUGCCACUCUUUCUUUGCUAGGGCUGGGUCUGCGAAAAUAUAAGUCGAAUAUGCCGCUUCCCAUCUAUAGUAGUGUGGAAAUCAGUGCUGCUUGUCAUCCCCCGCCGGAUGAUCCAGAUGCGGCCCUGAAGCCCGUGAUGUGGGGUGCACCAAUAGGCGGUCGAUCUGGUGGGAAUACAGUGGAGGCAAGAUCGGCAUAUCAUACAUUUACUUCAAGAGAGAUUCUAACGUAA